AUGUCAUCCGCCGGGGGACAGCGGCCAGCGGCGAACCGCAUGACGCUGCAGACCUUCAAGGCGCGACUAGGAGGAGCUUCCAAAGGUUUCAAGUUGCUGAAGAAGAAAAGGGAUGCCCUCAAAUCUCGGUUUCAAGCGCUUCUCAAGGAUAUUGUAGACACCAAGCUUAAGGUCGGAGAGAGCCUCAAGGAUGGUGCAUUUGCACUGGCCAAAGCUCACUAUGCCAGCUCUGGGGAUGACAUUGCUAGCUCCAUCGUUGAAAGGGCGAAGAAGCCCUCGGUGACAACCAAGAUGUACCCCGACAACGUUGCGGGCGUGUCCAUCCCAGUGUUCAAAGUGCUCCGGAAUGCCUCGCAGGAAGCGAUAGCACAUACAAUGGGAGUGGGAUCUGGUGGUGCUGUCCUGAAUGCAACUCGCGACACCUACCUGAAAGCUGUGGAAUGCAUCGUGCAGCUAGCUUCUUUGCAGACAGCUUUCCACACCCUUGACGAGGAAAUCAAGAUGACUAGCCGACGAGUGAAUGCUUUGGAGUACGUCCUGAUCCCCAGGAUUGAGGACAUCAUUCACUACAUUACCCAGGAGAUGGAUGAGCAGGCACGAGAGGAGUUCUUCAGAGUCAAAAAGGUUGUGGAAAAGAAAAAGGUGAAGCUAGCCAAGGAAAAGGAACAAGCCGAAAAGAACGAAGCAGCCAUUGAUGCACCAAGCAUUUUGCAGAAAAAGGACGCUGACAUCGUCUUCUGA